UUUUAACUAGCAAAAACUUCUCCUACCCUCCCAUAAUUUUCCAAUAAAAAAACAAAACUUCCCUCCUCUGAGUCCUCUCUCCCCUCCUUCUUUCCCCCAACCAAACAAUGCGGUAGUUCAAGUAAAAGGGGGCAACUGAAAAAAGAGAGCAGCAAUAUUCAAUCGCGUUGUUUGUUCCCUCUGCUAUGCGAUCAGGUUUUUGGGAUGAGCUAUGGUGAUAAGAGUUAUGGUGAGAACUUAAUUGGCCGCAGGGUAAAGAUCCGGUGGCCAAAAGAUAAAUUGUGAGUGCUCUAUGUUUCUGCAAUAUUUUCUGUUAGUGUCGCUGACUUCUGAUUUGAGUGUUGUCGCCAUUCUUAAUCGAGUGUUAUGCCACUAUUAUCUUGUUACUUGUGUGUAUUCUUUGGUUUAUCACCCUUUCCUGUCAUGGCUCGUUUUUGGAUUUUAUUUCUAUUCUAGUUAGAGUUUCUAAAUUUGAUUCCAGUUGCCACUUUCCAUGCAUGAUUUAUCAUAUUUAGAAUGCUAUUCUCCAGGUUUUGUGAGGGGGUUGUGUCGUCACAUGGCUGUUCAGGAAAGAACUUGGUGGUUUUUACUAGUGGCUUAGAAGAAAUUUUGGACCUAAAUAAGGACAACGGAAGGCCAGUUAAAGAUGAAUUUUCCGAUCAAGGAACAAAAACAUGUGGUCCUGUUCAUGCUUCAUCCCACAUGCCUCCAGAAAAGGAUGACUCCAAGUAUAAUGGUGAAGAAUUAGUUGGCUGCAGGGUAAAGAUUUUGAGGCCCAAAAGUAAGACGUUUUCCGAGGGUGUUGUUGCGUCAUAUGACCUUUCUCAAAAGCAGCACUUGGUAGUUUAUACCGACGGUGUUGAAGAAAUGAUGAACCUUAGAAAGCAUGGGGAACCAGCCGAAGAUGUUCCUCAAGAUCAAGUCCCAAAAUCAAAUGACCAAGCUCGUGACUCGUCUUUUGUGUAUGCUGAUGAAGACAAAAGUGCCCGUCCGCAUGUAGUGAAAAAACAUAAGGGUCAAUCUUUUGAACAUCCGACUCCUUCCGCAAAUCCAGUACCGUCUACUGAUCUUCGAAAGCCGAAAACAGAGAUUGAUAGUUCACCAAGUGAUUCAAAAAUAUCAGUGGACUCGAGCCACGACAAUCUGGUCAGUUUCAAUGGCUACAAAGUCAAAUCCAAUUCUGCACCAAUUCUCGAGGCCGUAUUUGCAAAAUACGGUGACAUCAUGUCUUGUUGCAUCUACAAAUCAACAUCUGUCCGGGCCUCUCUGCUCGAGGUCAUGUCCGACAUCAUUCAAAAACUGCAUUACCAUGAUGUUGAGGCCAUCUUGUCCGAACUCGAAGACAUAGAAAAUGUGGUUUCGGAUUUGGAGGCCAGCAGGAUCAAUGUGACUUGGCUGAAAGACCAUUUAGCAAAACUCCGUGAAAUCAUGGGCUUUAAUAAGAAAUCCCUCCAGCUCAAGAAAACAAAGGAGAAGAUAGGACUCGUGACUAAGGCAGCCGCUGAGGAGUUGAAAAGAAGGCAUGUAGAGCUUGUCCUUGCAAAAGAACGGUUUAAGGAGGCUGAGAAUCGCGUGAGUGCCAUGCAGCUCGUGAGCAAGAAAAUUGAAGAUGAUAUGACGGAGUGCGAGUCGGAAGAGUAUUUUUGGAAAAGGCGAUUGGAUGAUCUUGUUAAUUAGUAUAGUGAUAAUUGUAUUGAUUGCGUAAUGUUUGUUGUGAUACUGUAUUCACAAAUCACAAGUGUACAAGACCCUCUGUUCACAAGAUAUGUGGAAUGAAAAAUGUGCAUGCCUGCGAUUGUUUUAAUGAGUUUGUUAAUUAUUUAGUAAAUGAAAAUGUUACUGAGUGUUUUAUAAAAGUAAUUGAAAUGUGAGUUGCUUGCGUUAUGACAAA